AUGGCCGGAAAAGGGGAAGGCGAUGAGAAGGUGCGGAAUGUGGUUGUUUCGGAUGUUACUCCUUUGUCUCUUGGUAUCGGAAUGAAUGACGGUCAGAUGUCCGUAUACAUUCCAAGGAACACACCAAUGCCAGCAAGGAAGGAGAAAAUCAUAAAGACGGUUAAAGACAAUCAGACGAGUGCAAUGUUUGCUAUUUACGAGGGCGAAAGAAGCAAGGCGACCGAGAACAAUAUGGUAGGCCAAUUCUGGCUCAAAGGCAUUCCAGCAGCGCCCAGAGGCGCUGCUGAAAUCAAAGUGUGCUUCGGCAUUGAUGAGAAUGGCGUCAUCAAUGUGUCAGCGGAGCACUUAGGGCGUGGAGUGAAGAACAGCAUCACCAUCGCCAACGACAAGGGCAGGCUGUCUAAGAAAGAAAUCGAGAGGAUGAUUGGGGAUGCGGAGAAGUACAAGAGGGAGGACGAGGAGUAUAGGAGGAAGGCUUAUAUGAGGAAUGUUUUGGAGAACUACGCCUACGACAUGAGGGACACCACCAGAUCUGGAGGAGGGAGGAUUGGAGCGGGCGAGAAGGAGAAGAUAGAGAAGGCUUUCGCGUCUACUAUGAUAUGGUUGAGGUUGCACAAAGCCGCAGAGGCAGAGGCAGAGUGUUUCAAUGAGAAGAUAAAGGAGCUUAGGAGGAUUUACUUGCCCAUUGUUGUGAAGAUAUACCUCAGUCCUAGCAAGCAGAAGUUUGUUACUAUUAAGAAGUGGAUUAAGAGUUUAAGUAAAUGCUUGGCUAAGUAG